ACCCUGCUGCCGGCCUGGCGGGACUCCCGUUUCCUGGACUAUAUCUGCCCUCGGUGUGAGUCUGGUUUUAUUGAAGAACUUCCCGAAGAGCCAAGGAACCCUGAAAACGAGACCAGCUCCUCGGCAUCUACGGGCGAGCAGAGCCGGCAUCCUUUCGAGAAUGUGGAUCAGCACUUAUUCACCUUGCCGCAGGGCUACGGCCAGUUCGCCUUYGGGAUUUUCGACGACAGCUUUGAGUUUCCUUUCGGGUCCAAUGUGCCAUCGGAAGACAACCGGGACUCGGAGAGCCGGCGGGAGCGCGAGCACCAGUCCCGGCACCGCUACGGCGCGCGGCAGCCCCGCGCCCGCCUCGCCGCGCGCCGCACCGCCGGCAGGCACGACGGAGUCCCCACGCUCGAGGGAAUUAUCCAGCAGCUGGUCAAUGGAAUUAUYGCACCCACAACAAUACCAAACCUAGGGCUCGGUCCUUGGGGAGUCUUGCAUUCAAACCCAAUGGACUAUGCCUGGGGUGCAAAUGGCUUGGAUGCAAUUAUCACACAGUUACUAAAUCAGUUUGAAAACACUGGACCACCACCAGCAGACAAAGAAAAGAUUCAGGCCCUGCCCACUGUACAGAUCACACAGGAACACGUAGACUCCGGGUUGGAGUGUCCUGUGUGCAAAGAAGACUACACAGUUGGGGAAAACGUCCGGCAGUUACCUUGCAAUCAUCUAUUCCACAACAGCUGCAUAGUCCCCUGGCUGGAGCAGCAUGACACGUGUCCUGUGUGCCGGAAAAGCUUAAGUGGACAGAACACUGCCACAAACCCCCCGGGACUCACAGGGAUGAACUUCUCCUCCUCCUCCUCCUCCUCUUCCUCCAGCUCACCAAGUAACGAAAACUCGUCGAACAACUCAUGAAUCUUAAUCCGACCCUCUGUCCCUGGGGCCCUCCCCGCUCUCCUCCCUCCCUCCCCAGCCAACAUAAGCAACGAAAGGGGCUUCCAGAGCAGAGCCGGGGAGGGGGGCAGGGGGCGCAGGACCCCCAGAAAUCCCUUUUGCGUUCUGGAGACACGGAGACUCCGGGCUCUUCGGGGACGGGAAGCCUCGAUUCCGUGACGUGGGGGAGAGCUCUGUUCAUACAUCCCUUGGCCACGUGGACUCGCAAAGGUUGCAGUGAGAGGCUGCUGCGCCCACGGAUGGGAAACGCGGCGCGGAGCCAGCGGGCGCGGUGCGGAUGGAAAGGUGCUUUGUGUGGGUUUGAGUUCGAGAUGCCUUCCUUGCUUUCUUUUGCCCCUCCUCCUCCCCUCGGACACCAUCUCUUCCGCUUUGGAGAGCGAAACCGUUAGAAUGAGAGCGCGAUCAUACUGCCUCCUGCCAGGAUCUGCAGCUGGGGAGGGAAACGAGGUGUCACUGAAAAAAGUGAACUCUUAAAAUAGACCCAGGAUAGAGGAUCAUCCUUCCCCUCCCCAUCUCAAUUCCCAUUUAUUUUUCUUUAUAACCUUGCCCUUCUGAUACUCAACACUGAAAGGGUUUUUAUAAU